ACCCCCCCCGGCUCACUCAGGCGCUGAAGCCAGGAGGAGCGCGCAAGCGGCGGAGGAGGACAUUUGCUGGGGUUGAGCCCUCGCUUCCUGCCCCGCGCUAAGAGCGGGUCCGAACAGUGCCCGCGGUUUAGCCGAAGCCAUUGUGGGGCUGCGAUGGUCCGGAUCAUUUGGCUGGGCCGUCACUGUUAGAUUCCAGGGAUAGUAUCUUCUGCACCUUUGGAAAGCGCUUGUGGGCAGCCAGUUUAGCUAAGAAUGAGGACAGCUGAGGAUUCCUCUGGGACUGUCCUUCACCGCCUCAUCCAGGAGCAGCUGAGGUACGGCAACCUCACAGAGAACCGCACUCUCCUGGCAAUACAGCAGCAGGCGCUGCGUGGAGGAGGAAGCGGUGGUAGCCCACGGUCCUCCCUAGAGAGCCUCACCCAGGAGGAAACCCAGAUGGUCCAGCAGUCCACACGGCAGGAGCCACAGGGCCAGGAGCACCAUGGCGACCACUUCUACCUGGAGAACAAUAUGUACCACCUCUACCAGCCUCAGCACAAGGGAGAGGAGCUACCCACCUACGAGGAGGCGAAAGCGCAUUCUCAGUAUUACGCCUCGCAACGAGGCCAGCAGGUUGGGGCACACGCUGAAGGCGGGCAACGCAGGGCCUACACCUCGGAUGCCAGCAGCCCACACCAGGACGAGUCGCUGAAGGAGCUGAAGCACGGGCAUGUGAGGUCGCUCAGUGAACGGCUCCUGCAGAUGUCGCUUGAGAGGAAUGGAGCCAAAGCUCAGAACCACAUGAGCUCCUCUCACAGCUACCCUCAGCUCUCUAGGCACCACCACCUCUCUGUCCCUAGAGGGAAGCCCUCUGAGGCACCAGAAUGUCGAGGGCCUCCUCCAGAAUACCCCUAUGUCAUCCCUUCUCAGGAGGCACCAGGUGGUUACCUCCCAGACCCCAGGCAUCACUUCAGAGAAGGCCCAGCAUUUCAGCAUCCUGAAAUCAGAGUGAUGCAGGCCCAGAUGCCCCAAGCUUACCUGCCCCACCAACAGGCUGCCCUGUGCCAUAGUCCUCUGGGCUCUCUCACUCCUGCUGGGAUGGAGGCUCUUAUGUCAGCCCAGGCUGCUUCUGCCAAUAGCCACUUGUCCCAAAUGAAAGCCAUGUUGAUGGACAACGAGACGUUGCUGAGAGAGAACGAGAAGCUUCGCAGGGAAAACGAGAUGCUGCGGAGGGAAGUGGAAAACUACGGUGAAAAAGCCAGCUGCAUACAGAAGCUGGAAACAGAGAUUCAGCGAAUUUCAGAAGACUAUGAAAACCUAAUGAAGGCAUCUUCUAAGCGAGAGGCAUUGGAGAAGGCAAUGAGAAACAAGAAGGAUGGAGAGAUGCGGCGGUUGCAGGACUUCAACCGGGAUCUGAAAGAGAGGUUGGAAUCUGCAAACAAGCAGCUGGCCAGCCGGGCACAGGAAAACCAAGAAGGGAACCAAGGGACUAUGGCAAAACUUAUUGCCCAAAAUUAUGAGCACCAGCAGGAAAGGGAGAAGCUAGAGCAGGAGGUUGCACGGCUGCACAGCGCAAACGAUGACCAACGCCGGCGUGCAGAGCUGCUGGAACAGGCUCUGAGCAGUGCCCAGGCUCGGGCCGCCAAAACGGAGGACGAGCUGAGGAAGAAACGGGCAUAUGUGGAGAAAGUGGAGAGGCUGCAGCAGGCACUGGGCCAGCUCCAAGCUGCCUGCGAAAAACGCGAGCAGCUGGAACUGCGUCUCCGCACCCGGUUGGAGCAGGAGCUGAAGAUGCUGCGGGCUCAGCAGAGACAGAUGGGAGCCCCUAGUGGAGCAUCACCCGAGCUGAGCCCCCACGUGCUCUCUGAGCAGCUGAGAGAAAGAGAAGAGAAGAUCUUGGCCCUGGAGGCUGAUAUGACCAAGUGGGAGCAAAAGUACUUGGAAGAGUGCACCAUGAGGCAGUUUGCCAUGGAUGCCGCCGCCACGGCAGCCGCACAGCGGGACACCACCAUCAUCAACCACUCUCCACGCCACUCGCCCAACAGCAGCUUUGACGAGGACCUGCUGCUGGCAAACCACAAACAUCAGGAGAUGGAGAACAGGUUGAAAGUACUUCAUGCGCAAAUACUCGAGAAGGAUGCUGUCAUCAAAGUCUUACAGCAGCGCUCUCGCAAGGACCCUAGCAAGGCUAAUCAGAUCCUGCGGCCUGCCAAAUCUGUGCCUGCCAUCUUUGCCGCCUCUGGUACCCAGUAUUGGCCAGGUGCCUCUGUCAGCGAAAGUGGUUCCCGAGGGAGUCCAGCACCCAAAGCCUCGGCAGAAGCAGCCACCACAUCAGCUUGUGUCCCUCAUGCCUUCCAUGCCAAACAUGGCAGCAAAGAUGGGAGUACGCAGACAGAAGGCUUACCCGAGGGAACUCAAUGUGAUGAACCCCAGCUUGAAAGCAGCGCCAGUGCAGCAAAUUCCCUAGAGAUUUUGCCAGCUGCUACUGUGGACUUGUCGGACAUGGUGGAGAUUCUCAUCUGAGGAACUGGGGAGUGGGAAUCCUCCCAAGCACAUGACCAAUCUUGCCACUCCUUAGCAGAUUGCUGCCUUAUCAGGGGACAGUAACAAACCAAGAGAGCAAGGACCGAAGGAAGCCUUCAGUGGAUUAGAUGGCGUGCGGCGUGCAGGGAAAAAGACUUUUCAAGAGGGACUUGGAGAAAAACCCCACGCCGAUCCUUUGAUUUUUUUCAGGCACAUGCUGUGGCAGUAGCCUCUCUGUUUGGGUUGUGAGCAUUCGUGGUUGCCCAGGCAAGGUCUCUCCCUUCCACCAGUGGACUGAGCAGCAGCUGCAGUGCCAUCAAUUGAGGCCAGUCCUUGCACAGAUGCAACUGCUCCAUUGACUUUCUUAGCCACUGGCGUUCCCAAGAGAUGGGAAGGCAACGGCGAAGCCAAGUGGGACACUCGUGCUGCCUGGGUAUGGCCCAACAGAGUGCAGGGCAGCAGCGGGUGUGGGGCAUGCUGGGGUUUGGCACCAAACGGGUUGAUACUCCUGAAUCACUGGGCUCCUGGCAGUACCUGGACCUGAAGUGUAAACAAAGAGUGUUUGUCUGGUGCUUGGUGUGGCUAGAACCGAAUUCCUUGCACCUUCUCUCCCACCCCCCCGUCCACUUUUCAGAAAGACUGCUGCCGAUACUGGGGAUUGCUAGCAGUGUGUUCCCAUUGCCUGGGAGAUAGCACAUGGCCUGUCACAGGUACUGGGGAAAGAGGAAUAGAGGAGAUGGGUCCCAUCUCUCUCUCUAUUUUUUGUAAAUAACUUAUGUAAGAACAAGCCCAAAUAGUAGUCAAGAUUUCAGCCACCGCUCCUCUGUUUGGCUCUUCCUGUCCCCUUUAUGCAGUGGAUCUGCUUGAUCUCUCUCUUUGCUCCACAUCACUUAAAAUAGUUUCCCCCCCCCUUGUUUGUUUUCAGAAUUUCUUCAGUGUUUGCUUUUUCUUUUCCCCCAUUUCAUAUCCUGUUUGUCCGGAGUUAAAUAUCCGCCUUCAGAGUCCUUCAGAUUCCAUUUCCUUUGAAGCAAUUUCCCAUGAUGCUUCAGACUGGAAUUCCCCUGCUCUUUGUUUGAACAGCAGCCACAAGCAAGUGCUUCUGUUCCUGGAUUGCUGUUUCCAAACUGUUUUUUUUUAAAAGGCAGAGGCAUCCCAUGUGGUAGAAUCAGCACAGCUGUAUUGGGAUGAAUGGCCCUGAUCCCCAGUUGUAUAAAACUGGUGCCAUUCCCAUCAGCAGAGAAUGCCAUGUGGUUGAAAGCAGGAUCGUGGUUUGGGCCUCUCACUGAUCUGAGCGAUGCUGAGUUGCAGGCGAAAAUCAUUUAGAAAUGAAUUGGAACUAUUUCAAGAGUACGGUGUAGUAUGUGUGUGGGGGGUUUGUGCUUGGAGCCUUGGUGUGUUUAUGAAGUGGAGAAUGUGGCCAGCAGCUAGUAGCAGUUUUCUAAAAGAGAAAAAAGGGCAUUUGUGGGAAUGAUGUGAGUGAAAUAUGCAGAUUCUUGUGUCACGAAUGUGCCUUUAAGAAAUAGUUCUGGACAAGGACUGAUUACUGGUAUAUCAUUUCUCUAGAACCACUCCAGAAUCUGCAGUACCAUGCAGGAGCCUUUUACACUCCCCGCCUACUGACAGCUGGCUUCUGGCGGUAGUCAGUGGCAAUAUUCACCAAACUUUGGUGCUUUCUUGAUUCUGCCUUCACACCUUUGUCUCUGCUAAACGUGUGCAUUUGCUGGGCAACUGCAUUUUUUUUAAA